GAGUGGAGGAGAGUGAAGAGGCGGUACAAAAGAGGAGAGAAAGGAAAGAACCGGGGCACCUUGCGUCGUUAAUCGCGUCCCUGAGGUAACUUCUCCCACUCUGUCCGAGCGGCCCCACUACUAGACAUCCUCACCCCUCUCCUCCAUAUAGUCUACUGAGUCGCACUCGGCUCAGUCAGUCGCGCGACGCCGUCAGUGACGGUUGUGUUAUCCUGGUAGUUAGCGUGCUCCGCUGACUAAUCUGCACGCGCGCGCGUGUGUGUGUGAGAGUGUCACCGAGGCACGCCUGUAGCGUGCGUGCGUGCGUGUCCUGUCUGCCUACCUAAUAACAUAUAUAUAUAUAUAUGUAUAUAUAUAUAUCUAUAGAUCAUAUACAUACGUACGUGAGUCGUCUACCAACAGCGACAAAAAGCAACGACACAUUUCACGGAGCAGCCUGCAUAUAUACACACACGCGUAUAUCGCUUGUGUCCAUCCAUCCAAGUAUCCAUCCAUCCACAUACACUACUACUACUACUAUUACUACUACUACUACCGCUGCCGCAACUACUACUACUACUACUACUACUACACUAGGAAACGCGCGCACACCGCAGCGAUUGUGUAUAUAUCAUCGUCGCUUUCGUCGUCACAUCGUGCCUUCCGCUCUUGGCUGUUCGCACAAAACGAACGACGACAUCCAGUCAUGACGGCGACGCGGGAGUGUUACCCCAUACGGUUCCUCUUGGAAGAGUCGACCAAUCAACAGCGUACCAGAUACGAACGGUCUUGGAUAGAGAGCGAGAAAAGUAAGCGAGCAGACUAGCAAGCAAGCAAGCAAGCAAGAACGAAAGAACGAACGAGAGAAAGAAAGAGAGUGGGUAGGAGUUAGCGAGGUUAUCCUCGUCGAGUUCGAGCUUUGCAAAGAGGCAAGAAGCAAGCAAUAGAAGGAAAAGACACGAAGAAGCAGGAAGGUGUAAAGGUCGUGUUCGAGGCUUUGGAGGUGUCAGAGAAAGAGGAGGAGGAGGAGGAGGAGGAGGAAGAGGAGGAGGAGGAGGAGAAGAAGAAGAAGAAGAAGAAGGAGAAAAAAGAUCAAGAGAAGAGACAGAAUGAACGGCCCUGGGAGCCAUCAGCAUCGUGGCUUGGGUAUCACGGGACGUUACAGGGCCGUGGUUGGCAGUGGAGCCUCAUCGGGGCCACACACGAGGCCUACGGCGCCUCCACACCCUCGUGGGGGAUGGCAUCCCCACAACCAGCAUUCUCAGCAUACCCAACUUGGUCAGCAAUAUGCCGGAAACAAGGAAUAUCCGUAUCGACAGUGCCCGUCGCUACCGCGCUAUCAUAAUGGGGAUUGUCCAGGAGUUGGCACAUCGGCGGGUCCGGCCGGUAAGGAAGUUUCCUAUCACGCUGGCGUAGGUGGAAGCAGCGUUGGAUAUAAACCGCCUCCGCAGCACAGUCCACAGUCGAGAGGCCCACCACCUCAUUUCCCUCAGGAACCCGUCGGGCCAACGACCAAUUCUUCGCCGCUUCACAUCAGUAUUUGCGGACAAGAGAAUAUAAUGCGUGGUCCUCUUCCAAAUAUGAGUCCUGGGCUUGCAGCCAGCGAUGUGGACAUGGAAUACCGUAGAAAUUCACAAGCCACAAACCAGUUACCACUGAGUCCUGUACAGAUUCAAGCCUCGCCCGCUUAUUAUAGGCAACCUAGUCAGGAUGAUGGUAGAAAGAGCGAAUCUCCGUCUAGAAAACGUCGUCGGAUAUCUAGAAAUGGUACGGUUUCCGGAAUUGAAGUACGAGAAACUACACCACCCGCACCAACACCACCUUUACACACGACCCCACCAACCUGGGAAUUUUCAUCGGCCUCACAGCGUCGAUCUCCACGUAACCAUAUGUCUACUCGUGGUAGUCCUACAAUGAGAAAUCGUUAUCAACGAUACACGGAUUCCUUUGGUCUUUCUUAUCCCUUUAUUCCUGGCCAUAAUCCCCAUCCCACAAUUCAUAAUUCCCAUCAUGGAAUUCAUGGUUCUCAUCACAAUAUCCAUAAUUCCCAUCAUAAUCUACAUAGUUCGCAUCACAAUAUUCACAAUGCGCAUCAAACGCACCCUCGACAUCCAUCUGGCACAGGACAUCAUCCUGCGCAAGGCGCUAACGGACCAGUAGUAGUUGAUGUGGGUCAAGUCGGUGUCUCGGGUCUUGGUGUCGCUGUUAGCGGAGAACCAUUGUGGCAUCCACAAGCGACAAGUUAUAGAAUUCCUUGUCAGCUGCAUGGAAUUUAUACACCAACUGGAGCGCAUCCAUUCGCACAUUCGUGUCAAGUAACGCAUCAUCAUAAUCAUUAUCCUGCUACUCAUGCAACUCAUCCUGGUCAUAGUUUAGUAGGAUCCAUAGUUGGUGCAGCCUCUAGAGGGUAUCCAACACCUGCAGGUGGUCCAGUUGCUGCUCUUCAUCAUGCACAUGCACCACCUCCACCCGUCCAUACUACUCAUUAUACAGCCCACCACCAACUCUCUCAGCAGAGAGAGGUAGAAUUGGAAUUAAUAGAAUCCCAUCAUCAUCACAGAGUUGGAGCUACUGCCGGUGCACCGUUACCAUUGCCACAUUCGUAUUCUCCUCCAGCUCUUACUCAAGUUACAACACCGUCUCCGAUUUUCUUAUCUGAGACGCGAAAUAGUCAGUUAGAAAUGAUUCAGACAAGAACUCGUAGAGCGGCCUCGAACGUUCAUACUCUCAGGCGACCAAGAUCGAGUAGAUGGAGAGGCACGCCUCCGUUACCACCUACAACAUAUCCAGGAUUCUUGUUACAUUUCUUAGCGAUGUUCAGCAAUCCACCUUUAUCUCCAUACAGCCAUGCAGACUUGUCCUCGCCAGAUUCAGCUACGGAAAAUUACGAGGCUCUUCUAUCCUUGGCGGAAAGACUUGGAGAAGCUAAGCCACGUGGUUUAACGCGUGCCGAGGUUGAACAAUUACCUUCCUACAAAUUCAAUGCAGAAACGCAUCAAAGUGAUCAAACGAAUUGCGUUGUCUGCAUGUGCGAUUUCGAAGCUCUACAAUCGCUUCGUGUUUUGCCGUGUUCGCACGAGUUUCAUUCGAAAUGUAUUGACAAGUGGCUUAAAUCAAACAGAACGUGCCCGAUAUGUCGCGGUGACGCAGGAGAAUAUUUUGGUAACAGCGGCACAAGUAGCGACUGACGCCGAGCUGCUCAAGUGCAUUAGCGCCGAUCUUCGCCAUCGUCGCGGACGCUACUUCGCACAGAGCCUCCAGCCGUCAUGUUGUUGGUUUGUGCAAAUUUAUGUUCAUAAGCAUUUUUGCCUUUUCUCCGGUGAAAGUGAAGCGUCGAUUGUAUUUCAAACUCCUAAAAAUCCUUAGUGUCAUUCGGAAAAGGUAAAACCUCUGUUUCGAAAAAAAGGAAAGAAAGAAAAACGGAGAAAAGCGAAUGCAACAAGAGAUACAGAAAAUUAAUUCAUUUCAAAAUGUUGGACUCUUGUAAUAGAAGGGUACACAUCAUUUUUGCUUGUUUUCAGGCGUUGUAAGUUAACAAGUUAAAGAGCGUAAUUUAAUGAUACGUGUUGAAACCUUAAGAAAAAAAAAAAAAAGAAAAAAAAAAGGUUUUGCGAGAAAGUUAUAAAACUAUACAGUUUUCAUUGGCAGAAAAAUCUGUCGUUUGUUUAUUUUAUUCGGAUUCGCUUCGAUUAUGGUUUAACGCUCGUUUGUUAGUUGUGUUGCGCUAUUUUGUAUUAAUAUAUGUUUAUGUACAUAAUAUUUGUAUACAGACAAAUCAGCACUUUCCAUUAACGUUCCAUUUUUGUAAUAGCUUAAAUUCUGAUCCUAUUCUAUAAUUGUAAAUAAUUAUAUAAACGUCCGUAUACAUGCGUGCGUGCGUAUAAAAACCAAGUCUAGGUCUUUGUUUGAAAACUUACCAAAUGUAGGAUAAAUUCUUUUGCAAUAAAAGGUAAGAGAGACAUUUUUAUUGGGCAAAGAAGAAACCGUAACUUCCUAUUGUUAAUGUUUUCUUGUCUUUGUGUAGGCCGGGUGAUUAUUUUUAUUAUAUAAGGAAUGUAUGUAUCUCCACCCAUUGCGAUAUGAGUGCUAUAGAUUAAAAAGAAAAAAAAAAAAAAAAAAAAAAAAAAAAAAAAAAAAAAAGAACUGUUGAAUUGUCGCACCGAUGUCACAUAAACUAAUUUAUAAAAAAAAAAAAAAAUUUAGUGACCUCGUAUAUCUGAUUACAAAGUCAUUCCUCUCGCGGUGAUUAACAGGCAUCCCGUUGUUUUCUCUGUGUUGGUUCGAUAAAAUUUCUGUUAUACGUUUUAUGAAAUAUAUAUAUAAAUAUAUACAUAUAUAUGUAUGUGUAUAUAUAUAUAUAUAUAUAUAUAUAUAUAUAUAUAUAUAUAUAUAUAUAUGUAUAUAUAUGAAUAUAUGUAUGUAUAUAUAUGUAUAUAUAUGUAGGUAUAUAUAUAUAUAAGUAUAUAUAUAGGUCAGCCUAGCCUCAUAGAUGUACAGGUAGAUGUAAAGGUAUGCAUGUAAAUUAUUCCAACCGCGAGAGAUCAACCAGCAAGAUCAGAGAGAGAGAGAGAGAGAGAAAGAGAGAGAGAGAGAGAGAGAGAGAGAGAGAGAGAGAGAGAGAGAGAGAGAGAUCCUUCAACAACAGUUAUUCAAAAUUGCAAGAUAUGAAAAAGAAAUGAGAGUGAAAAGUAUAAGGAUACCGCUUCUGUUUCCUGCGCAUCUACCUCUGAUAGAAGAUGAAACGAAUUGAUUAAUAUUUUUUUAUACACACUUCUCAUAAAGUAUAAACAUACCUAUGUAAUAAGAAGAAGCAACAAAAAGAAAGGGGGAAAGAAAAUGUAGAGGAAAAAAUCGAGUUGGCUGUAAUUUUGGCAUGUUCAAUUGAAAUUGAUACUUUGAGAGAUUAUUAUAUCAUCUAUUUCAUCAUAAUGAGUUGACGAGUGUUAUAAUAAUCGAGUAUAGCACGGAAAGGAAAUAAGGGAAAUUUAUGUAUCGUAAGAACAAUGGUGCAUUUUAUAAAAAAGAAGAAAAAAAGAAAAGUUUUCGAAAUGGGGAUAGAACGUUGCCAUUAAAGAAAAUACACGCUUUUAGUUUUGUAUGUGUAUGUAUGUAGGUAUGUAUAUAUGUAUAUAUAUAUAUAUAUAUAUAUAUAUAUAUAUAUAUAUAUAUAUAUAUAUAUAUAUAUAUAUAUAUCAAACGCUUUUUCUAUUUAUAUGUUUCGGUACAAAGGUGGAUGAAGAGUUUUCAACAUUUGUAGCACGUUUAUGAUUACGUAUACAUUAUACUCCUUAAAUCUUCGAAUGUAUCGUCGAAUAACAAAAAAAUACAGUCGAAUAGGCAUGAUUUACAAAGGCUGUUUUUUUUGUUCGAAAUAACAAAACGUAUGUACAAUGAAUUUUAUCGAAUAUGUUUCGUUAUGUUACUUUGUAUUAUUGGAUCAGAGCGAAGUAAAACUGCCCGAUAAAAUCGUUUGGAAAUGGUAAAUGAAUCGUCAAGUGAAGGCUUUUCAAAAGUAGCAGGAGAGACAAAUUUUGAAAAUGGAAGAAGAUCAGAGAAAUUGCAUAGAGCCGAAAAGUUUCUUCUCCGAAUUGUGUCUAUCAUUUUAAAGAUCAACACAUUUCUACAUAUAAAUAUUUCUGCUACUGCUAUAACUGACUCGUUAAAUUAUUAGUUCUCGGUAUAUACCAUUUUAAUCUAUGAGCGUGCGUCUUUGAGAAAUGCAAAGAAAAAAGAAAAAAAAAAAAAGAAAAAGAUAAUAAGAAACAAAAAAUACGAGAACUAAGAAUCUCUUAGAACUAAGAUCGUAUCAGUAAAUCUUCUUGAUCUAUCCUUCCACUUCUCAUUGCGUGCCUUUACUAUUAGUAAUCGAAAUACAUACUAUAUCGUGAAAAUUCGAAAAAGAGAAACAGAGAAAAGAUAUAAAAAGAAUACAGAGAUAGGCAUGUGGUACCGUGCGAUAUCAUAAACUGCUCGCACAAAAGGACGCUUGGAAAAUUCAUAUAUAAAGAGAGAUAAAUAGAAAGGGGGGGAGGGAGAGGGAGAAAGAAAGAGAGAGAGAGAGAGAGAGAGAGAGAGAGAGAGAAAGAAAAAGACGGAAAAUCAACUCGCGUAAUCACAAGCAUAUGUGUGCCUGUGUAUGAGUGUGCGUGGUGUGCGUGCGUGCGUGUAUGGGUGUGUCAACCUGCGAAGUUGCAUGACAAAUAUCAACUUUAGAUUUAUUUUUUAACAAAAGGCUGACGAAAGAAGAAAAAGAAAAAAGAAGAUUGCUAUCAUCAUUUGCAAUUCACUUCAUGCAUAUGCGUUUGGUUACUUUAACAAUCUCUUGUAAAACGAUCUAUAUAUGUUGAUGGUGCUGUGCACUAUUAUUGGGUGCUCCUGUUUCAUAUAUUUUUUUCUUUUUUCUUUUUAUUUUUUUUUCUUUUUUUGCUUCUCUCUCUCUCUCUCUCUCUCUCUUUCUCUCUCUCUCUCUCUCUCUCUCUCUCUCUCUCUCUCUCUCGAUUCAUCCUCCUUUUCGCAGGUCGACACACAAAAGAUAAAGAUAACGAUUUACUCCCAUACGCGUGGUAAUACUAGCCCGUACAAGAGAAUCAUACGUAAGUAGAGUGUGUGUACUAAUUUAGAAACGCGUCAUAUAAUUACGGGUCUAACAACUGACACGUAGCGUGUAGAGUACGGUAAUCCUAUCACAAAAAUAAAAUGCAAUAUCAAAAGGCAUAUGUGUAAGUGGCGAUCAAAAAGUAUAAAGAUAGAAAGGAAAGUAAAGAAAAAUUAUAGAGGAAGAAAUGAAAAGAAGAAAAAGAAAAGAGAGAGAGCAUCGUUAAUCCUUUUUAGGCGCAUAAAAACACAUAUCAUUUUCCAUAGCAACUCACAAGUUUUGUCUUUCUCAUCCCUUCAAAAAAGUGAUACUAUUAGUAAAGAGAAAGCAGAGAAAGAGAGAGAGAGAGAGAGAGAGAGAGAGAGAGAGAGAGAGAGAGAGAGAGAGGGUGGGAGAAACCGGAGGGGAAAAAAAAGAAAUUUGCUCGUGUGUUUCAAACUUAUAUUUUAAGCGUACGUACAUACUAAUACUACAUAGAGAAACUUUCGAGACGAGGGACGAGUGCUCGACCGUAAAGAUCUAUCACCGUAAAAAUUCUAAUUGAAUCUUAAUUGAAUAUUAAUGAACACUAUUAAAAAUUAGAAUUUUACAUGUAUUUAAAACUCGUAACUAAUUUUUUGUGGCCUUUUUGUUCUGAUUUUUCUUGGUUUUUUUUCUUUUUUUUUUUUUCUUUUUUUACUUUUUUUUUUUUGAGAAGGAUUUCACAGUCAUAUCACUGUAUGUACAGAUAGUGCAAAUAAUUCUCAGGCGUACGUCAUUCCUGGAUUAUUUUUUUUCGACAAUGCGAAAAAGCUUUCAAGACUGGUGUCAUUAAAAUGAAUGAAUUUUUUCGGCUGCGACGAUUUCAUACCGUUCGACGCUUUGUCUCUCAAUAUGUUUAGAUUCUAAGGCAUAGUAUUAAUUAUUAUCCUUAUAAUUAUCCAGACCUGGUUGACUGACUCAACUUUAUGCUCGUUUCUCGCUUUAAGAAAAUAUUACUUUUUCCAUUAUCCAAGGUAAACAUUAAACCAAUUCAUAUUGUUUCUACUUGUAUAUAUAUUAAUUUUUACUUAAGUUCGAGUUCUAAUAUUGAAAGGAAUAAGCAAGUUAAAGAAAAAAAGUGAGAAAAGGGAAUAAAUAAUAUAUUUUUUGUUAGUUUAACUAGGUCUGACGUAUAUUUAAGUACACUUUACGAUCAGCUUAUCGAUCAUUUCUUUAAAACAUAUUAAAUAUUAUCGAUUCCUCGAUCGUUCGUUUCAACGAGAAAUUUAAUAAUAUUCAAAUCCUGGUAAAUUUAUGAAAAAAGAAAAAAAAAAUUUGUAAACGGUUUACAAAAUCCAUUUAAAUUUUCCUUCUAUUUCUCAUUCCAAUUAUAAUCCUAAACUCGAAUCGUUGAGGAUAUUCGAGGGAUCGACGAAAAGAAAUAGUACCAAAAAGAAAAAAAAAUUCUUCCGAGGUGAUACGCGAGAGAAUUGCUUUUUAAAUAAGGGGAAAAAAAACUUGGACAAAAAGUAGUUUGAUUACACGUACAUACACGCCGAAAAAUUAUUGUUUCUGUGAUUACAUAAAUAUUUAUUAGUUCAUGAUUAGAGAGACACGAUAAGAGAAUCUCUGUGGAAAUCAAAAUUCGAAUAAAAAUAGCAAUGAUCAAGAGAUGAAAAAUAUCUUUACGAAAAAACGAAAGAAUUAAAGAAAGAAAGAAAAAGAAAAAUGAAACAAAAUGAAAGGAGAGAUCUUGACGAAGGGAGAAUUUUGAACGAGAAUCAUAUUCAGUGACCUGACGAGAUAGAGGCUUAUUUUUUCUUACUUCCCUCCGAUUAAAAAAAAAAAAGAAAAAAAAAAAA